AUGAACGUCUCAACUGAUGGUUUCACAGCCCAUAAGGGCGACGAGGUCUGCCGACCUACUGACUGGGUUGACAUUCUGAAGUUCAUUUUCUUCAACUUCAUCCUCCAUGCUGUUACUGUCAAAUCAUACCCAGGAAGUAGUACAGUCCUAAGGUGCCUUGAUAUUUUCACAGGGGCUGCUCUUAGGGCGGGUGCGGUGUGUAUGGUUCAGGAAUCGGAGGACGCCUAUCCUGAGCCCGGAGCCACUUAUCGCCAUAUCAGAUAUAUCAUGGAGCCUGGGAUGGCUGAAGUUAACAAGGCCGUGUCGCAGGACGCAGACCGAGCAGUCGAAAUAAAAGAAAUAUAUCCUGCUUUAACUAAAAUCAAUGGGCAACACCCAGUAAAACGUCUCGGAUAUCGAUAUUUAUUCCGAAAUUUCGUCUCAAGCUGGACUGCUUCGGACGAACGGGGCAACCGUCGCACCCGGAGGCGUGAUCCCUCCACCGCUGAAUCCACUGGAAGCCAUCCAAUGCCUUCCGUGGAGUCACAGAACCUCGUGAGUGCACAACCGUCAACGAAACCGGGGGAAGAGGUGCAGUCUUCUAGAACGUCCAUGAGGAAUGGGCGGGGGUCCGGAAACAGACUCUUGCUCGGUGGUGCAGUCGGCAUUGUGUACGGGGGAUUCGACACGAUCCCUACGGGCACUCGUAAGUAUUCUGGAACUGCCCGGUGUCGAAUUGAGUGA